AUGAAACUCACUGGACCGAAUAUUGGUGAUCCAGAAAGUAGGGCACGCCGGUCAGUUUGCAAACCUAGUGGGAAACUCUGCUAGCCUUUGAGAGAAACGAGAACCACAUAUCUAAAUUGAUCAUGGAAAACAAACAAAUUAUCAACUUUGGAGCUGGACCUGCAAAGUUACCAAAAUCUGUUUUGCUUCAAGCUCAGAAGGAGUUAACAAACUACAAUGGUAUUGGCAUCAGUGUCCUUGAGAUGAGCCACAGAUCUGCAGAUUUCACCAAGAUCAUCAACACCACUGAAAACCUGCUGAGGGAGCUUCUCAAGAUCCCAGACAACUACAAAGUGCUUUUUUUGCAAGGGGGCGGGUCUGGCCAGUUCAGUGCCGUCCCUCUUAACCUGAUUGGUCUGAAGGAGGAGAGGCGGGCUGAUUACAUAGUGACAGGAACCUGGUCGGCCAAAGCUGCCAAAGAAGCUGAGAAAUAUGGCAAGGUCAACGUGGUGCACCCCAAGCUUGACUCUUACACUAAGGUCCCAGACAGCAGCAGCUGGGCGGUGGACCCCGAGGCCUCCUACCUGUACUACUGCUGCAAUGAGACGGUGCACGGCGUGGAGUUCAACUUCACCCCGGAUCCCAAGGGGCCAGUGCUGGUCAGCGAUAUGUCCUCCAACUUCCUGUCCCGUCCCGUGGACGUGUCCAAGUUUGGGUUGAUCUAUGCUGGUGCACAGAAGAAUGUGGGGUGUGCAGGAGUUACGGUGGUGAUUGUGCGUGAGGAUCUUCUGGGGAAGGCUCUAAAGGAGUGUCCUAUCGUCCUGGACUACCAGGUGCAGGCUGGGAACAACUCUCUCUACAAUACCCCACCCUGCUUCAGUAUCUACAUCAUGGGCCUGGUUCUGGACUGGAUCAAGAACAACGGUGGAACGGAAGCCAUGGAAUGUCUCAACAAGCAGAAGUCCUCCCUCAUCUAUGACAUCAUUAGUACCUCCAAUGGCUUCUACUCGUGCCCUGUGGAUCCAGACUGUCGCAGUCGGAUGAAUGUGCCGUUCCGUGUGGGUAGCAGCCAGGGCGAUGAGGCUUUGGAGAAGAAGUUCCUUGAUGGAGCUGCAAAGCUUGGCAUGAUCUCUCUUAAGGGACACAGGUCAGUUGGAGGCAUUCGGGCAUCCUUGUAUAAUGCUGUGACUGUGGAGGAUGCACAGGCUCUUGCCAACUACAUGACUCGCUUCCUUCAGGAACACCAGUCAAGAUAGUCAGACAUCACGACCAACAGGAUGUCUUGUUUACCAGUGGCCUAUGCCAGUGACCAAUCAUGAACCAGAUUGUUUACAGUUAGAUUACUAACCUCAGAUGUUACAGUUGUCACAGUAUGCUGUUAAUACAACCUUAUAAUGCUUUGUAAUGUGCACAUUCUUAGGGGGGCUUGACCGUUUUCAUUGUCAGGCUGCUAUUGGAAUUGUAGUUGUUUGGAAAUAGAUACAGUUUGUGUCAUGUUCUCGCCUUAAUGUAUAUAGAUACAACUUUUUAUCUGUGUAUGAACUAUGAUGCUGACAUUCCAUUAAAAGUCCUAUUGUC